AGACUAAACAUUACUAGGUGGAUCCAAACAGCCAUAUAAGAGAACAAGCUUCUACGCUAGAAACAUUGCAAAGAAUCACCACUCCCUCCGGCUUCUAUUGGAUCUUAGGCGCAAAGAGGUGCGAGCUAUGGAACUCACCAAGGUCGACCUCCGCGGCGUCGAGCCCGGCGGGCCGGGGUGGGAGGCCGCCCGCGCCGCGGUCACCGCGUCAAUGGUGGCGCACGGCUUCGUCGUUGUCGCGCACGACGCGCUCGGCCCCGACCUCCACCAGGCGCUGUUCGCCCGCGCCCUGCCGGAGCUCUUCGCGCUCCCCAUCGAAGCUAAGAAGCGCAACUUGAACAACAGGGGGCAGUUCACAGGCUACAUCGGACCGAUCGACGGUAUGAACUGGGAGAGCCUCGUCGUCGAGGAGUCCGCCGACGCCGCCAGAGUCCGCGGCUUCACCGACCUCAUGUGGCCGGACGGCAACCCGGAGUUCUGUGAGACCAUGGUGUCGUUCGCCAAGAACAUACUGAAGCUGGAGGAGAUGGUGGAGACGCUGGUCCUGGAAGGCCUCGGCGUCCGGGGAGAGAGCAUCAGCGCCCAAUUGGACAUGCUCAUCGACGUCAUUCGGAUCUGGCACUACGGCGCGCCAGCGGACACGGAGACCGCCGUGACCUUGCCGCCGCACUACGACGACAUCAUGGUCAACGCGAUCGUCCAGCACGAGGUGGAAGGCCUGGAGGUGCACGUCGGGGACGGGCGCUGGGUCGCCGUCCCUGCCGAGCCCGGCAUCUUCGCCUUCGUCGCCGGCGACCAGCUCAGGGUCGCCACGAACGGGCGCGUGCCGGCGUGCUACCACCGCGUGCGGACGCCGAGCAACCGCGACCGGUUCUCGGUGCUGUUCGGCCGCCGGCAGAAGGACGGCGUCCCGGUGCGCCCGCCGGACGACCUCGUCGACGCGGAGCACCCGCUGCUGUACAACCCCCUGAGGCACGAGGAGUACUCCAAGUGGCGUUUCUCCGAGGAAGGGCGCAAACUCGAGGAUCCACUCAAGGAGUUCUGCGGUGUGGAGAAAGUCGGAGUCUGUUAGCCAAGCCUCGUACGUGGGCUUGGUUCUUUUACAUGCAUUUGUGUUGAGUCAGGCAUGCUGAGCACGCGUCCUGUGCGGCCCCGCAUGCCAUAGUUGGAUUGCUCUCACGAUCGAGUCCAGCGCUCCGAGGGUUGCUCUCGCCUCGCGCGUCGUGGGGAUGGACGCGACCAUGCCGCGGCGUGAGGAGCACUCGGACACUGCUUUCCUUUCCGUUUUCGUUGUACUGAAUAAAACGAGAGUUUUUUUAUUUAUGUACCAUUAAAAAAGAUGGUGCUUAUCUGUGUACCACUAAAAAGUUCCUUCGCACCUGUGUA